AUGCCAACGGCGACCUCGACAGUUACAACGCCGCCAUUCUCUGCACAAAUCCCGCUUAAGGCGGGCCUAAAAGCGUCGAAGCAGCCGGCGGUGGCGCUUGGUUCGACACCCACAAUGGGUCAGACAUCGACAGGCGCGACAUUGCGCUCGCUGUACAGCCGCGCCACACGGGCCUUCGUGCUGAAAGACAUGCCGACAACCUACUCUCUCAUUCAGUCUGCCUUUUCAAUCCUCAAACCACCAACCACCAACCCCGAUUCCCUGUCCGAACACCGCAGGAAAUGGGAUAUCCUACGGAUCACCUUCGAUUCGACGGUCUAUGCUACUCCAGCUGCGUCGAGCGAGUUGUUACCGGAGUCCCUCAGAGCUUCGCUGGCUGAACCCCCACAAGCUUUCGUCACGUCGAUAUACAAUCGGUCGCUCUCGCUCUUCACGCCGUCCAAUGGCACGACCUUUAAGAACACAGUGAACGCCGCAUUCCUCCCUGCCGCUGUCCUUACCACUUUGGUCUACUCCAGUAUCAAGCUGGACGCCCCCGAUGUCGGCCGCGUGAUGAUCGAGGAUUGGCUCGCCCGCAGGGAACCUCGCUACUCGUUGGAUGUGCAAGAGGACGCGGAAGGGAACGGGUAUGAGAAGGUGCUGGAACUCUACUGCCUGCACAUUUUACCGAAGGUGGAGCAGUGGGAGUACGCGAAGGAGUUCUUGGAGUACGAAAGCGAGCUACCCGUACAACGGCGAGAGCACCUCAAAGAGUCUCUAAGCAAUCUCUACAGCCAAACGAUGUCCUCUCGUCGAUCCUUCAAACCCCCACCAGAUUCUCAGCCACCCUCAGUACUCUCUUCGCCUCGAUCAUAUUCCCCCGCACCUUCCUCCUCUUCCUCUUCAUCGUCCUCACUAUCCACAACCUCAACGCACACCGUCGUCCCUGCGACACCUCGCGGGCACCGCUCCGCCGGCCUCUCCUCAGGCCUAACAAGCCUAACCCAAGCCUCCUCCUCCUCCGCCUCCGUGUCCUCCAACGAAACCGCCACCCCACGGAUCCGAGACAAAUCGCUCGUGCCAAACGGCCACAGCAACGGUUCGGCCCGCCCUCGCUCAAAACCCCGCACCGUCUCCUCCACGAGCUCCGCGUACUCGAACUUGCCGCAGGCACAGCUCGCACACCAGGUGUCUGGGCGUUCAGCCGCAGCUCCGAGCACGUACGCGCUCAUCCGGGCGUCACUAACUCCUUACCUCACCGGCCCGCGGGUGACGACGUUCCUUGUGCUGUUCGUGCUGGUGCCGCUGAUAUCGUUCGUCCUGCGGAUGAGGAGAAGGAGGAAACUGAUAGGGAUGGACACGUUUGCGGGUGGCACGACGGCGGUUUUGGCUGCCUCGUCGUCAUCGGCAAGCAAUGCUGAGCUUGUGAGGCGGAGAUUGCAAGCAUCAGGUGGUGUUGAGGGCGGCCUCUUUAGACGCGCGUGGGGAGAGGUUGUGCGCGUCGUAGGAGAUACGGUCAAGAUGGCGGGCAGCGGACUCGUCUAA